AGUGCCUAUUUUCUGCAAGAUCAAUGGGACAUCAUCUGUAUCUGUCUACAGGGCAACUUGGUAGGAGAAAAUGGGAUCUGAUUUGCAUACUUUAUUUUAAGAAUACUUACAGACUCAUUGAAAGAAAAAUUAAAUACUGACCAAGGACAAUGUCUGUACUUUCCAGUAACUUAUCAACAAAUGACUCUACCUUGUGGAAAGAAAAUCACAAUUCGACGGACCUUUUUAAUCCACCAGGAACUUUGAAUAUUUAUCUUUUUUGCUUGACAGGCUUAAUGACUCUUGCAGCCCUGGCAGGCAGCAUUUAUUCGCUAGUUUCCCUGCUGAGAAUGCGGAACAGAACUGUUGUGUCCCUGCUUGUGGCUUCCUGGUCUGGGGAUGAUCUCAUGAGCGUCCUGUCUGUGACUAUCUUCAUGCUUUUGCAGUGGCCAGACCAGGUCCCUGUCUACUUUCAGCCUCUGUGCACCACCUCUGCCUUAUUAUAUUUAUGCCAGGGCCUCUCGAGCAACUUGAAGGCGACUCUCCUAGUCUCAUACAACUUUUACACGAUGCACAGGGUUGUGGGAAGCCAGGCAGCCUCCAGAAGAUCCGGUCAGGUACUCGCCGCCGCGCUGCUGGUGUGGGCAGCCUGUCUGCUGCUGUCUGCGCUCCCGCUUUGCGGCUGGGGGGCCUUCGUGCGCACGCCCUGGGGCUGCCUGGCCGACUGCUCCAGCUCCUACGUGCUGCUCCUGUUCGCCGUGUACACUUCGGCCUUCGGGCUCCUCGCGGGUCUCUCCGUCCCGCUCAUUCACCAGUUGCUGUGUUCCGAGCAGCCGCCGAGACUCCACACCAACUACCAGGAAAUUUCUCGCGGAGCUUCCACUCCCGGGACUCCCCCAAGUGCCGGGACAGUGCUUUCCCAGUCUCCCGGCGACGCUCCGAGCCCCGCCCCGCGGUGCUCUGCGACCUGCUCUCCGAGCUCGGACCCAGGGUUUGGACCCGGUCUGCCCGCUUCGGCCGGGCGAGGUUCUGGGCGCGGCGCUGCUGUUGGAACCGGAGCCUGCGGGCGUGAGAACCCGAAGAGGACUCUCUUUGGCACCAGGAGCCUCGCAGCGACCAUAGCGCAGAAGCGCUUCUCCUUCAUCCUAGCGCUGACAAAAGUCAUCCUUUGGCUGCCUAUGAUGAUCCACAUGUUAGUACAGCACAUGGUGGGGCUUCAGAGUCUUCCCUUCGAGACAUUCAGCUUUCUACUAACCCUGCUGGCCACGACUGUAACCCCGGUAUUUGUCUUGUCCAAACACUGGACCCACUUGCCCUGUGGCUGCAUCAUCAACUGCAAGCAGAACGCCUACACAGUGGCAUCUGAUGGGGAAAAAACCAAGAGGAGAGGCUUUGAAUUCAAUCUAUCAUUCCAAGAAAGUUAUGGAAUUUAUAAAAUUACACAUGAAGAUUACUUUGAUGAUGAUGAGAAUUCUACAUCCUAUCACAAUCUCAUGAACUAUGAGCGCAAAACGACAAAAAACACUCAGAGCGACACUUGUAAUAUCUUCAAUGCCAUAAAAGUGGAAAUCAGCACCACACCAUCUCUGGACAGCUCCACUCUAAAAGGCAUCAACAAAUGCACAAAUACUGAUAUUACAGGAGCUAAACAGGAUUUCCACUUUGAAAGGGGUGUUGACCCAUUGCUUUCUGAAAAUACAGGCAGUGAUAUUAACUAUGAAGAAACCACCUAUUUGGAAGGACCAGAAAGAAGACUUUCUCAUGAGGCAAAUCAGAAACCAGACAUUUCAGACUGGGAGUGGUGUAGGAGUAAAUCAGAAAGAACCCCCCGUCAGCGUUCCGGUGGUGGCCUUGCCAUUCCCUUGUGUGCAUUCCAGGGGACGGUGUCUCUCCAUGCACCUACAGGGAAAACCCUAUCUCUUUCUACCUAUGAAGUAAGUGCAGAAGGGCAAAAAAUAACCCCUGCCUCUAAGAAAAUAGAAGUCUAUCGAUCUAAAAGUGUUGGCCAUGAACCAAACCCAGAGGACUCUCCCUCCACAUUUGUGGACACCAAUGUGAAAAUACACUUGGAAGUUCUUGAAAUAUGUGACAAUGAAGAGGCCUUGGACACUGUGUCAAUCAUUAGCAACAUCAGUCAAUCCUCUACGCAGGUCAGAUCUCCAUCCCUACGCUACUCAAGGAAGGAAAACAGAUUUGUUUCAUGUGAUUUAGGGGAGACAGCCUCAUACUCUCUCUUUUUACCCACAAGUAAUCCCGAUGGCGAUAUCAAUAUCUCCAUCCCGGACACAGUUGAAGCACACAGGCAAAACAGUAAAAGGCAGCAUGAAGAGAGAGAUGGCUACCAGGAGGAAAUCCAGUUGUUAAAUAAAGCUUACAGGAAAAAAGAGGAAGAAAACAAGGGUAACUAG